GCACACGGAGAAGGGCUCUACCCUUCGUUCUCCUGCACCUCUUAUCCUCUAUCUCUCUUUCUCCUGAUGCCUGGUCCUCUGCCUCCACACUAAGGGAACAGUGGACAGAUUGACAGAGUUCGGGCGUGACUCGGCAUCGAUAAGCUGGGCCCUGGGUGCUUCUCUGGACAAACCCGUCAGUCAAGUUGAGCUCAUUUCCAAUAUCCGAAGAGUUCUGCCUGCCUUCAUUUUCAUGAUUGUGCAAGAGAAGGCGAAGAGCACAAGCCACAAGCACAAGUUUUGAAGCUGUGAAGUCUCUUUUUCCAGGAUUUUUGGGGCUUUGCUUUAAAAUUGUCAGGGGGAACGGAGGCCAGGCCUCCCCUGGCAGUAAGGAGUGGUGCUCUGAAAAAAAAAAGCUAUGGCCCUAGACAGCUUCACAGAACUCCUGCACAAACUGAAGGACCUUCAUGAGAGGGAGAUUGAAGGAUGGCAAGAAAAAGUGCUGGAGCUGACCAAUCAGAGGUGCUGCAGCGAUACAAAGCGAAUGGAGGAACUGUUCAACAAGAACCAACUGCUGCGAGAACAGCAACGGGUCCUGACAGAGAACAUCAAGCAGCUUGAGAACAGGUUACGGGCAGGCCUGUGUGAUCGCUGCACAGUCACUCAAGACGUGGCCAAGCGGAGACAGCAGGAGUACGAAACCUUGCAGAUCCAGAGUCUGCAGCACAUUACUGUCCUCGCCAAUGAGAUAAAUGCACUGAAGAAGGAGAACAAGAUUCUGCAAGAGGAGGUUAAAAACCUGCAGAGUGUGCUAGAUGGUCAGAACAGUCAAGGCCCAAAGAUUCCCACCCCAGAGGUCGGCCAGUCACAUGCCCCAUCAGCCUCUGCCAUUGCUUUAAUCACAGCAGCAAUGAAAGCUGGCAAACAGCCACAGGGUGGCGCCACAGCUGGGCUGACCACAGUGAAAACUGACCCGGACCACAGCAGCUUCUCUGGCACUGAGGAAAAGCUGCCAGCAUACAGGAAGUCACAGAGUUGGAAUGGACAAGAAACUCACGUGUCCCACAAGAUCCAUAUUGCCACACCCAUCUCCCCCGGACAAACUGCAGAGCAGAGUAUUGCCAGAAACAUAGCUGGGGAGAAGAGAGUGCACAGCGCAGAAGCCAUGGAGUCACAGCUUUCCCCCAGGUCACCCUCCUUCUCCUCCCCUAUGGUCUUUGUGAAGAACCCGGCCUUCUCUUCUUCCCCCACAAUGGGGGAUGAGAAGCCUGCCCAUCCCCUGCUCCAUGCCCCAGUCCCCUGCCGGCCCCGCCCCAUCAAGACAGCUCGUCUCUCCCUGCCCUGGCCCCUCCCGGAACAGUCGGACUGGGCAGCCCUCGUGCCCACUUGCAGCAUUGGGGGCGGGCUCCAGCAAGCACCCCUGCUUGCAGAGCACAACAGGAGCCUGCUGCCUGGGAAAGACCAAAGUCAGACUAGGAAGCGGGGCCCAGAGCCACAGUGGGCAGAGAGGAGCGCACCCCAUCUCCACAGCUCAGCGAUGCCCAUAAAGAGGACUAUGUCUGCAGAGCAGGUAGAAAGGAGGGACAGAGCCGAGGGGAGAGGGACGGCACAACCCUGGUGGAAGUCCAGCACGGGGCAGGCGCAGAGGAUAUUUGGGGAGAAUCUGAGAGAUGGUGAGGCAGACGGCCCACUUGACCUCUCUGAUCCUGGGAAGUCGAAGCCCAGCGAGCAGCAGCAGAGCCACAAACUCAGUCUGAUUUCACAGGAGGAAGCCGCUGCUGAGGAAGAGGCAUCGGGCAAAAUGGAUCCACGGCCACAGGCAUCGCCAGGCUCCUCCUCAUCCUCCUCAUCAGCACCUGCACCCAGCUCUCCUUCCUCCACCCGUUCCACUACCAGCCCACAGCAAGAGAAUGCGCAAAACAUGGAAGAGCAAGAUACACUGGACAAAGAUGAAUCAAUGGAGGAUAAACAAGAGGUGAACCCAGAGCUCUCUGAUAAUGCUGAAGAAAAGAAAGUACCCAUCCUGACCAUCUCGCUGCAUCCAGUGGUUGUCCUUGAGACAAUGAAACACAGGUCAGAGAAGAAGAAUUCAUGUGAUGGUGAGACAACCCUGGACAUCCCUCAAGACAGCAAACUGGAUGGACGGGAGGACGAUGUGAUGUCGUCUCACGAAAGGAGCCAGAGUGGCGGGAGGAAAACAAGAGGGCAGAGCACAGGAAGAGAGAUGCAGCUUCGGCGAUCCCCAAAGGACAGGAGGGUGAAGAUGAGUCCCGGACAGCAGGUCAAGUCCCAAAGCGACGUGGAGCAGAGCUGACCAGCUGUGCACAAGGGCAGAUAAACGCACAACAGGGAAAUGGAGUUUACAGAUGACAUCUGACCCCCACCCUUCUGUGCUCCAUGUGCGAGCCUGACAUCUGCCUCUGACUCCACAGGAAGACUGCUUCACGUACUGGCAGUCACGUGACUCUGACAUGGUGGGAGGCAUGCCCAAAUUUAAAAAGUAAAAAAAAAAAAAACUAAAUUAGGCCCUGGGCUACCUAAGGAUAUUUUAGUUGAAUUAUACUAUUUUAGGCAGUUAUCAGGAAGAAAGAAAAGACAGAAAUUCCUUGCCAAGCUAAUCUCAUCUCCCUUCCCUGUUUAGGAUGUGAGUUUGCUGUCUUUCCUUCCUGGUCCUGGGGACCUGCUAUCGAAAGUGCUCUCCCUUCUCUCGUUCUCUCACGCAGUUGAAAUACAUGCUAGAGCACUUUAUUCUCCCUCUAUUCCUGGGCAAAGCCGUCAGCCCCAACAGGCUAUUUGUGUCAUGAAAAUCGGAUUCUCCUCUUCCCCUUUUGAUGUGAGAAAGCACACAUUUUGAAAGAAUGAAAUUUCCACUUACUACAGCUGUGGUAAGCUAUUGACAGAGUUGUAUUCAAUACUGCAGAUGGAAGCUGAUAAAUGAUGAGGAAGGGGGGAUGAUCACAAUGAAUUCACACAUGUAAUUAUGGCUGGAUCAAACCCUGCAUGCUAAAAUGUAUUUUUUAGGAGUUUCAGCAUCACAGCUAUAUAGAGAAUAAUAGAGAAAGACAGCUAUCACAGCUAUAUAGAGAAUAAUAGAGAAAAUAGAAAAUAACAGAGAAAGGAGUGUGCUGGUGUCAGCGUUGCCUUGAAAAUGCUUUAUCUCCUGUUUUGGGUUAAAAGAGGUGACAUCAAGCAGAGGUAGAGAGGUGAGCUGACAGAUGAUUGACAGAUCAUUAUAUCUGCUGCAGAAAACAGUUAUUUUUGAUAAAGUUAAACUCACUAUCAUAGACACCCACUGUUUAUGCUGGGUUUCAUUGCAGCUGAGCUCUCAGCUUGGUUGAACAGUUAAAUGAGUACUGAUCUCUCUUUGACUGAAAUCCUCCUUUAACACAAACACAUCUUUCACAAAAAUAUUUACACAGAGAUAUGUGUUUAUUCAAAUAUGUAUUUACUGAGAUACAUAGUAGUGUGCUCAUAUAACAGCUCAAUCAAAGCUAAAAAAGUAGAAGCUCAGCAGUAAUGAAAACCAGCAUCCACUGUGGAUGCCCAAGGCCAGGAUUGAGAAAUACUGUGAAAAAUACAUAUGGGACUUGGAGAACAUUUUCAUAUGAGCAAGUGUCAUGGUUCUGUAGAAAUGACGGUGACAUCAUAUCCUGUCCCGGCAGUGAGGAAACCCUUCCUGCAAAGACGAGGGAAGUAAAAUACAAGCUUUCAAAACAGGAUCAAUGUGUACAUAUUAGUAAAUUGCACAACUCAUGUUCUGUAAUAUGUUAAUUAAUCCUAAAACACCUUGAUUAUUUUGGUGAACAUCUGCAGCAGUGGUCCCUCUUAGUUUACUUCCACAUUAUGAGUAUGUUGUCAAAUAUUAUGCAGACCAAAUUAGAUUCAAAUAGCAGUUUGGGUAAUGUGCUCUUGAACAAAGACAUGCAAAUUCGCUUUUUGGGGGUAUCUGCAGAAUGGCCGGGGGAUGGGGCAACAGCCGAUUUUUAUUUGUGAACAUGAUCUAGAUGUCACCAGAUUGAAAAUGGAGAUUUUUUUUGUAAGAAUUUUAUUUGAAAGAUCAUCAAAUAUUGAACACCUGAUCCUCCAGGUUUAAUACUGUCUAAUUGUUUUUUUCAAUUUAAAGUACUUUACAGUGGUUUUAUAGAGCUGUUUUUCAAAGACUUUCUGGGACUGGGGUUGGGCGUUCACCUUGGCUGCAAACACACAAUGCAUGUAAUAUUUGCUUUUUCAUAGCAUUCUGCCAUGAUGUUUUCAAUGUAGAUGUACACAUCUCUUAAAUAAAUACAAAAAUAAAUGCAUUGACUAUUGUAAAUUGGUUUAAUACUUGCUAAUAAAUGUAGGUUUGCAUGGAGAGUGAUUACCUACCAAG